AUCUUAGCAAUAAUAGCUACGUAUUUUCGAAAUUACAAAACUGCAAGACUACAAGAAUUCAUGUAUCAAAAUAUGCCAUAUCAUAUCACUCUCUUCUACUUCUUAUAUUUCGUUUCGUCGAGCAAAUUCUGUCCACGUUUCUGACCGUAUUGUUAGUAUUAAACGCUGUCUUGUGUAGAAAAGUUAUUAUGGCAGAUACUCGUGAUGUUCAAUAUUUUGGAUGGAUGUAGGAACAUUGCACAAAAAAAAAAUCGGGAGUCAAUUAAAUGUAAUUAUUGUGGAAAAAGUUUUUGUAAUAAAAGUGAAUAUUGUCAAAAGCUAUUAUUGAAAAAUCACUUAUGCGAUCUGCAUAAUAUAACAGAACUAAACAGAUACCCAUGCAGAGAGUGAUAUUAUAUUGCGACGUUACAAAGUAUCACGACACACAGGAAUAUAUAACUAUUGUAAAAAAGAGAUUAUUUUUGUACGUGGUGCUUAUCGUUUAAAAGCUCAUUUGAAAACUGAUGAUCCGGAUAAAUGUAAUUUAAUUCGCAGAAGUAUGACGAGGACAUCAAACAUAUGGAACGAAUACAAUGUAACAGGCACUUAUGCGACAUGCAAAAUAAAUAUAACUUAAUUUCUAGAUAUCGAACAAACAUAUGGAACGAAUACAAUGUAAUAGACGACCAUGCGACGUGCAAAGAAUGUAAAAAGGAACUUAACUUACCUAUCCUAAGGCAAGCAAAAUAUUUAUGGAAGCAUUUUAAAACUGAUCAUCUGGAUAAAUAUAUUUUAUUUAAUAAAACUAUGUCAUUAUCUUUACGUUCAAACGUAUGGGACCAAUACAUUAUAACGGGCAACAUUGCAACGUGCAAGAAAUGUAAACAGAUACUUAAAUUUAAUUCUGCGUGUCAAGCAAAUUUGUGGCAGCACAUGAAGACUAAAAGUUGUCAAUCAACACAGACACGGAUAGCCACCGGCGGCAAUUCCUCUCCAGUAAUCACUCCGUUGGCACUUUUGGACUCCAAUUCCGAUAUCCUACCAUUGGUUCCAGCUUCAAACGCCAUGAAGAAUAACGUUGGAACUGCGCCGACCUUGCCAUCUCCCGUAGCCAUACUGCCGGAUCAACCUUGUGUUGAAGAUGAUGUUAGUUUGACUGCACACAAAGGCACUUUCCCGCAGCAACUAAUCGAGUUUAUGAAAACAGAUAACCCAUGUCUUACCGAAUUACCGCCCGACGCAAAUGCCACGCAGACAACCGCAUCGAAAAUUUUACGCUUAACUCAGAAUCUUAACGAAAUCUGCGGCUUGGCAGACAGCCUUGGACUGUUCAACCAUGUUCCACCACCGACGUGGUGGCGUUCAACUGACAUUCGGAGUCAUCCGCCAGCAGUAUUGGAUCCCGAAAGGAAGAGCCAUGGUAAAACAUCUUCUUCAUCGGUGUACAACGUGUGUGCGAUGGAGGGCGGCAACUCCGGGACCCGAGACUGAUCGCCCUUUGCACUACGAAGGGCCGUAGACACAAGGCAUACAAACCUUUUAUCGCCGUUUUCGCCAAAAUUGUGUUGCUUCCUUCAUCAAGUGAUCCGGGCCCGAAGAUUAUUUAAAAUAUUUAAAAAACGUCCAUAAAACAAUAAUUUCAGGAACAUUGCUGAUUGGAAUUUUCUUAAACUGAUGAUGUUGAGUUAGGUUAAAAUAUCUAAUAUAUAUAAUAUAUCUAAUAUAUUUAAUUAAUUCCAACAUAUCUAAAUAGCUAAGAAUUUUUAAUUUGUACAAUUAUAUUUUUGUCUGUAAACAGAAAAAAAAAUAUUCGAACUAUUUGAGAAAAAAUUAUUAAAUAAAUAAAUAUUA